UCAUUACUUGUUUCUUUUAUUCACAGUGGGUUAAAUUUUAUUGACCUGAUGGUUCGGCAGGGGAACAUUGACAAUCCACCCAAAACUCCACUUGUGCCUGGAUUUGAAUGCUCUGGGAUCAUAGAAGCUCUGGGUGACAAUGUGAAAGGCUAUGAGAUUGGAGACAGAGUCAUGGCCUUUGUCAACUACAAUGCCUGGGCAGAAGUUGUGUGCACACCUCUUGAAUUUGUGUACAAAAUCCCUGAUGAUAUGAGCUUUUCUGAAGCUGCUGCUUUUCCUAUGAACUUUGUAACUGCAUACGUGAUGCUCUUUGAAGUCGCCAACUUGCGAGAAGGCAUGUCGGUGCUGGUUCACUCUGCAGGCGGCGGUGUGGGACAAGCCGUUGCUCAGCUCUGCUCAACAGUCCCCGACGUUACCGUGUUUGGAACAGCUUCUUCCUUCAAGCAUGAGGCAAUCAAAGAUUCUGUAACCCACCUGUUUGACCGAAAUGCAGAUUACGUCCAAGAAGUUAAAAAAAUCUCUGCAGACGGCGUAGACAUUGUCCUGGACUGCCUUUGUGGAGAAAAUACAGGCAAAGGCCUCAGUCUUCUCAAACCACUCGGGACUUACAUUUUAUAUGGCUCAUCAAACAUGGUUACCGGGGAAACCAAAAGUUUCUUCAGCUUUGCAAAAUCAUGGUGGCAAGUGGAGAAAGUGAACCCGAUCAAGCUAUAUGAAGAAAACAAAGUCAUGGCUGGAUUUUCUCUCUUAAACCUGCUUUUCAAACAAGGCCGAAGUGGCCUGAUUCAAAAUGUAAUGGACAAACUCUUAAAACUGUACAACGAGAAGAAGAUCAAACCUCUCGUUGAUUCACUAUGGGCUCUGGAAGAGGUGAAAGAAGCAAUGCAAAGAAUCCAUGACAGAGGCAACAUAGGAAAAUUAAUUUUGGAUGUGGAGAAAACACCAACUCCAUUGAUGGCCAAUGACAGUACAGAAACCAGUGAAGCUGGCGAAGAGGAAGAAGACCACGAGGGGGACAAUGAGAAUAAAGAACGUAUGCCAUUCAUCCAGCAAUAGCUAUGAGUGGAGGGAAUGAAAGCGGGAAGAAUUGAUAGAGCAAAAGAAGGGAAGAUGACUGGAAGGUCCAUUUUGUGCACCAGUGAACAAAUGCUCUAGUACAGUGUGUGUUGUUCUUUUUUUGUCUGCAGUCAGCUGAGCUAUAAGCUGUUGAUCAUUGAUGUUUUGAAACUCAAGUGCCAUUCCCACCCAGUCCAGUAUUAUAACAUUCCAUCACAUGCCACCCAGUUUGCCUGUUGAGUUCCUGUCUGAAGCCUUAUUAGCAUCCACAGUAAACUGAAAUGUGAACCUCUUCUCUUGUGGUUUCAAAAAGGCAAGUUUUCAAGCCAGUUUUAGAAGGGUGAUUUCUGGUUGGCUUCUUCUUAAACCUCACCUAUUCCAUUGGCCAGUGAAAUGAUUACAAAAACAUUUAUAAUCAUUUGUUUCAGUGGGUGAGCUCACCCACCCACCUGCCUAAGGAUAAUUCUGUGGUGGACAAAACGGGUAUGUGUACUCCUUUCAGCACUGCAUAUUAGGCAUUAUGAGAGAAGGCUGAGUAGGCUUGAUUCCUGUCAUUCCUUUUUAAAAAGAAAGAGAGAGAGCGCUUUGUGAAUUGGGCCUCCAUGUAAAUAGGCCCACAUAUUAGACUCAUACAACAGCUUAUGUUGUUCAAGGUGGGAGAAAGCACCCACAUUCUGCACUCCAAAUUUCAACCUUUAACCAAAUGAUGGAGAUCCCGAGCAUCUCCAUCUAUACAAAGAGGCAAGACUGCCUUCAACACAUAUGUCAAUUAGAAUUUUCACCAAGGAUUUAUUGAUGCCCCCAGCUGUGCGAGGAGCUUUUAAAGGAGAGUGAGAACUUUUCUUUUGAAGCACAAAUGCAGGCUGCUGACAGGACAGUUCACUAUCCAUUCCAUCCCCUGAUGAUACUUCUGAACCAGCAAGUCCUUCUUAAACUCUCAAGACAAUAAAAUACCUCAUUUGUUCUUUAUUGUUUGGUGUACAGAGAAAUAGACUAGGUGACAGAAAAGCACUGAUUGGUAUAACUACAUGUACAUUAGUGGACAGAACCCAUUAAUUAAUUGGGAAAAAAGUAUUCAGUCCUGGUGCCAACAAAUAUGUUUACUGUUGGCCCAUCUAAGUUUAUUGCCUUAUAAAGAAAAACAUGCAUAACAGCCCCCCCCCAAAGUUCUAAAAAGUUCCUUUGCCACAAAGAGCUACAGAAUUCCCUGAUCAUUCAAAAGUGCACUCUUAAUAUUUUUAAAGGUUGGUCAAUGAUAGCCAUCUCUGUACAUCACAUUGGGAUAAAUGUUUAUUAAUCCAAGCACCAAAACAGAGCUGACCUAAUUUAAGUAAUUCUUCUCUCAGUUUGAAGCACUUCACCACACACUGAUCUAACACAGAACUGUGUCAGGCCCCAAGAGAGAGGUCUCUUAGACCCCAGUGCCUCCCCUUCCGCAUUGACACAGCUCACUCACACCCAUGUAAUUCUAGUAUUGUACAUCACACUAAUUAAAGAAAACAUCUCACCUAAAUGUGUAGCUGAACUGUUAAACUUAACAUCAUUUUUCCAAGACAGCAAAGAAAAAUCAGUUGCUAACCUUUUUCCUCACAGUGACAAGGAUGGAUUUGGAUUAACACAGUGUGUCAUUUUAAUGAUUCUCAUUCUGGUAUUUUUCUAAUUUUCUCGCAUUGCGUUCUGUGUAUAACUGUCUCCUUCGUUCACAUGAAAAUUGGAUUUGGUUGGUAAAUCAUUAUAUAUUGAGCCUACUAGCAUUUAGCCUGACUCUAAAUCAACAAAGCUACAGAUAUGAACAAAAUUGUAUAAGGAUGAGAAAUGCUUAAAAAGGGCCCGGCGGGGGGUGGGGGGGAGGGAGGUUGGAAGUAUAAUUGUCUAAGUGUUAGAAGAAAUAAUCAGAUUUGUAUGAACAAUUUAGCAUAAUUCCAGCAUAUCUCUUUAUCCUAUUCCUCAUAUAAAGUAAAAGUGCCAUAUUGGGCUGCACUUUGCAGUUGGUGUGCAAGCAAAAUGAAGCCAUUUGGAAUGUCAUAGCCACUGGGACUGCAGCUGAGGUAUUUAAAAGAAGCAGCCAUUCAUUUUUAAUUAAAAAGUAAGGUAGAGCUAGAACGGGCGGGUGUGAGAUAGAACAACAUUUAACUUACAGAGCAAUCCUAUGCACAUUUACUCAGAUGUAGGUCCCACUGUAUUCCAUGGAGCAGUAUUUCAGUCAAAUAAUUCCUCAUGUGUGACACUUCACACAAUAAACCAUAGUUAUGAAUGACCAGGUGUUUCAUAUACAUUUGGGUCAUUCUUUGGGUUAGCCAGGAAAACGAAAAGAGUGGGCAGAUACAUCUCUCUAAAUACUUUAUUUGGGAGAGGGCAGGCCUGCUUAAGGCUUAAGGGUACUUGUCUCUGUUGGAAUGAGCUGAGCCAGGAUGUGGUUCAUUUCUUUUACAGAUGAACCAAAGAGAAAACAACAAAAGCCAGGAGCAUGAAAAAAAAUCAUUU